GAAGGUGCAGUGGAGAUGGCAUGGCUUCGAUGGAUAGGGACAUGCAUGCUGAUCUCCCUCACUUCUGCUUUGCUCCAUCCGUCGCAUACUCGAAAUGGGCUUGAGUUGGCUGAGAAGCCAUCUUUGAGACCCUCGGGACGUGUGAGCUUGAGACCUCAGAGAAAGUCUGUAGAAGAUGAUGGGAGGCAGCAGCUUGCAAGGCUCCGGGGAGGGCGGCACGAGGUCGAGUCCUCUAAGCAAGGGACGGGCACUCCGUUCGAGCUGUUCGUAUGCGUGUUCGGAAUCUACUUCUGCUACCUCUACUACGGUGUGCUGCAGGAGGAUCUCAUGACCUCCAAGUAUGGAGCUGACGGCAAGAGUUUCAAGGAGGUCUGCUCCUUGCUCUUCGUGGUUGCAGUGCAAUGCGCCAUCGGCGCUCUCUUCUCGAGGGUCUCGUGCGGAUUCUCCCCGCAGCCAGCGACCGGGUGGCAGUCCAUGGAGGACUUCAAGGGCUUCAGUGGGCGGUUGUGGCCGAUGUACAUGCAAGUCGGCUUCUGCUACGUGCUGGCGAUGCUCUUCAGCAAUGCAGCUCUCUUCUACAUCAGCUAUCCCACUCAGGUCAUUGUCAAGUCGUGCAAGAUGAUUCCUGUCAUGGCCGUCAACGUCCUCUGGAGGGGAAAGUCCUACCCGCUCGCUGCUUACGUCAGAGUCCUCAUGGUCACCAUCGGAAUCAUCUGCUUCACCUUCUUCAAGAAGAGCGCCAAGGCUAUCAAGACCGCUCAGACAUCAGCCGUCGGGCUCGCUCUCGCCCUUUUGUCUCUGGUGAUGGACGGGUUCGUCAGUCCAACUCAGGAGGAGAUCUUCUCCAAGUAUUUCUCCUCCACUCACCAGAUGAUGUACUACACCAACUUGUGGGCGAUGGUUCUCCUCCUCCUCACGAUGCUCGUGACGGGUGACGGGUCAAAAGCUGUAAAAUACGUGGUGCAGCAUCCGCAGGUGUUGAGCAAGAUCAUUCAGUUCGGCCUCAUGUCGGCGACUGGGCAGUUCUUCAUCUUCUUUCUCGUCCGCUCGUUCUCAGCCCUCACCCUCGUCACCGUCACGACAACUCGCAAGUUCUUCACGGUAUUGGCCUCCGUCUUCUGGUUCAAACACAAGCUGGAGCUGGGCCAGUGGCUCUCAGUCGCUGUGGUGUUUGCGGGGCUCGGGUGGGAGGAGGCGAACAAGUACAUCCAGAAGCAGCGAGCUCGUCUGGCCGCGCAAGCUCCACCCCCAGCCCCACCCCAGGAGAGCCUGCCCAACAGCACGGCAGCUGAGGAGCAGCCGGCGGCAGAGGCGGCACAGAGCGCAGAGGGUGUCGAGGCGCGAGAGGAGGCAGCAGGGCAGGAGGAGGAAGCAAAGACUUCAGAUGGAGCGAAGAGCGAGGAAGGAGCAGAAGCGAGCUGAGAAGAGGACGAGGAGGAGAUUACAUGAUGAUUUUAACAAACCAUGGUUAUCAAAGUUAGGAGUACAGCCCGAGCAAGCAACACUAGAGCUCGGGGACAUCG